AUGCCAAUUUUUUGUAUGGGAGAAAAUCGCACAGAUACCGAUCCCAAUACCUCUUCGCACUCAACUUCUGACACUGAAGGACUCGCCGAGGACUGUUUGUGCUCAGAAUCUAUAAGCACUUCAACCAGUACGACUACCACGGUGAUCAGUGUCUAUCCCCCCACACCUCCCAUCAUUACGUCCACAGCCAACCACAACAUCUACAUCUCCUGUCACAAUUACUUCACCUACUCUAUCUACCUCUUCUAUAACAUCUACCUCACCUGUCACAUCUAUCUCACCUACUCUGUCUACAUCUACCUCUCGAUCUACCACUAUAACUCUACCUAUCUCUACUUCUCCGUCUAUCUCUACAACUCCAACAACAUCUACUCCUCUAUCAACCUCAACUACUCCAUCUACCUCUACUACUACGUCUAUCUCUACAACUCCACCUACCUCAACUACCCCAUCUACCUCUACUUCUCUAUCUAUCUCUACUUCUCUGUCUAUCUCUACUUCUCUGUCUAUCUCUACUUCUCUGUCUAUCUCUACUUCUCUGUCUAUCUCUACAACUCCAUCUACCUCAACUACCCCAUCUACAUCUACCUCUCUAUCUACUACUAUAACUCUACCUAUCUCUACUUCUCCGUCUAUCUCUACAACUCCAACAACAUCUACUCCUCUAUCAACCUCAACUACUCCAUCUACCUCUACUAUUACGUCUAUCUCUUCAACCAGCACCGGUUACAGCAUCUCGCCCCCACGCCAUUCCCAACAGACUACACUUGGGGCUGUAAACCGGGAUAUCUAUGCCAUCCAAAAAACAAACCUCCUGGCGGGGGAGAGUGCAAUUUUGAAGCGGGACUUCCUGCAGCGUCUUUUUACUGUUCGCCAGAUGAAUGUAUUCCAAGCCCUGAACUCAUUCAGGAUCCGGAUAAAGGUUGGGGAGAUGGUUAUCACUCGAAUAAAACCGGCACUUUUGAAGUAACUCCGGGCUAUUUCAAUCUCAAUCCAACCGAAUUCGGUCUCAACUACAGCAUAUUCACAUUCCCUUGCGAUGACGGAGGACGAUAUCUCAGUGGAUUCUAUAAUCAUGGCAAUUCUCCAAAGGAUAGUACCGGAUAUAUACUUAACAGAAGAGCCAAGAGGCAAACAGGAGGCGCAGAGUAUGUCCCGCCCGUCUGCUACCCCCAGUGCAAUAAGGUGGCCCUCGAAGGGGAGAAAGAAGGGAAAACAAAAUCUCUGUGUGACAGCUCUUCUGUUUUUAUGACAUUGUUGAGGGACUGCAAUUUGUGCAUAUCGGCUCAUAGUACCGGUGAAACAACCCAAGACCCGCCUCCUUUUGAGCCGUGGUUAUUUUAUUGCUCGUCGUUGGACGCAGUGACGUCAUCCAGCAGUACUACUACAGCAACCACCACAUCAACGGUGCCAAAACUUCCUGAUUCCACUGCAGCUGGUACGAUUACGAGUACAAGCACUACCACAACCGUCACCCAGCCACAGACCACCAGCUCUUCAACUUCUUCUCCCUCUCAGACCUCAAUAACAGUCACAUCUACUACUACGAUAUCUCCCUCAGGCUUGUCGUCAAAAACAACGCCGACUUCUUCCGCUAGUCAGGCGACUGAGAUGACAACAACAGUUUCUACUACGGCAACCAGCACGAGUCCAACAUCUACUCUAUCUCUUUCGAGUGUUUCUAGUACGCCCAGUGCGUCUAGUAUAUCUGGUACAUCCACCCCUAGUACAUCUACGUCUAGUACCCCUAGCACUUUGAGGGCAGCUGCCACUUCUACUACAUUCACUACAUCUAGUACAUCUACCAGCUCUCGGACCUCUGCAAGGUCAUCAUCCACGUCGACUGGUCUAUUGAAUACUCCGAGUGGUAGCCUUACAUCGAGCUCCUCAACGCCAACCACUUCAACAACUUCAAAAACAAGUACCGGGGCCAUUGACACUCUUCCAUCGCCUAAUAGCACUUCCAGUGUCAGUUCUGCUAGUGUUGGCGUGACAAGCAGCGCGACGGCCCCUGGAAACACUGUCAGUACUCCCAUUCUCAAUCCAGGAACUAUCAGCGGCACCAGGACGCCGUCUCCAAUAAUUUCGGGCGUCACUGAAACGGUUCCUGCUACGACAACUGGCUUCUCUCACGGAGCUUCAUCGCGUAUUUCCCAGUCGAUUUCUGGCAGAUCUCUUAUUACCAUCAGCGCUGGAAUAUGGUUCUUGAUUACAUUAUUCUAAAGGGAGAGUCGAAGACAGUGUCGCUUGUAGCUGAUGGUUAAUCAGAUUGAAUUCUUUCUUCUUUUAAUAUAACCUUUGAAUUAUAUGGAAACUUAGGAAACAGAUUAAUCUUAAUAACACAUUUUCUGUUU